AGUAGUUGAUGCUGGAUCGCCGAGCAGCAGCAGUCUGUGACUCUGCCAGUCCGUCGCUGCAGUCCGACAGAGCGACCAGUCAUCAACAUCCCCUGAACGUGCGAGGAGCUGUAACGCUAUGUGGUUCUGAGCUGACGGUGUACGGUUCAACCGGAGCAGGUUACGACGGUGUGGACCUUCGUGGACAUGAGGACACCUGCUACUGCGACUUUUUCCAAAAGGCGGACCGUCAAUCCUGACUGGCAUCGUUUUUCACCGAGCAAAUGAGAAAGAAUCGUCAUGAACAUUUUCCUGCUGAAGAGUCACUCCUUCACUGAGGGACCUCGGCCCUUUUUGGUUUCUGGACUUAUCAAUGCAGGGAUGAGAUAAUAAAGUCAGCCAGCUCGCGCAUGCUGCUACAACACCACCUGUGGCACUUGUAAACCCACCCUACCCUGCCCCCCUAACCCCUCCCCAAGCUAAAUUCAAUUCGACAGUCAAAACAUGACGACACCAGCUCUCCUGCCGCUGUCGGGCCGCAGGAUACCCACUCUGUCGCCAGGUGCCUCCUCUUUCCCGCACCACAGGGCUACAUUGAGGCUCUCUGAGAAGUUCAUCCUCCUCCUCAUUCUCAGUGCCUUCAUCACCUUAUGCUUCGGGGCCUUCUUCUUCCUCCCGGACAAUUCCAAGCACAAGCGCUUUGACCUGGGCUUGGAGGAUGUGCUCAUUCCUCAUAUUGACUCGCCCAAAGAGGGGAAGCACGCUUCUGGACAGGUGGUCAUACAUGGACAGGGAGGACAUGAUGAGCACAGACACAGGGAGGAGGAGGAGAGCCUGCGGGACAAGAUUCGGGCGGACCACGAGCGAGCACUGCAGGAGGCAAAGGAGAAGCUGAGAAAGUCACGUGAGGAGCUGCAGGCUGAGAUUCAGACAGAGAAGAACAAAGUAAUGGAGGACCUGAAAAAGAAGGAUGCGGGGCCUAAACCUUUGCCACCCGUCCCCAUGCCCAAAGUGGUGAGCGUCAGUGAUGGUGAGCCACCAGAGCCUGAUGCCAAAGAGAAACGCGACAAGAUAAGAGAGAUGAUGAAGCAUGCAUGGGACAGCUACAGACAGUAUGGCUGGGGUCAUAACGAGCUGAAGCCCCUCGCCAAAAAAGGACAUUCCACAAAUAUCUUUGGCAAUUCCCAACUGGGGGCGACCAUUGUGGAUGCCUUAGACACCCUCUACAUCAUGGGUCUGCACGAGGAGUUCAAGGACGGCCAGGAGUGGAUCGACCAGAACCUGGACUUUGGAGUGAAUGCCGAGGUGUCUGUGUUUGAGGUCAACAUUCGUUUCAUUGGAGGACUGCUGGCCGCCUACUACCUCUCUGGACAGGAAGUAUUCAAGCUGAAGGCGGUCCAGCUAGCCGAGAAGCUGCUUCCUGCCUUCAACACCCCCACAGGAAUCCCCUGGGCCAUGGUCAACCUUAAGAGUGGUGUUGGUCGUAACUGGGGUUGGGCGUCGGCAGGCAGCAGCAUCCUGGCUGAGUUUGGGACUCUCCACAUGGAGUUUGUCCACCUCACCUACCUGACAGGAAACCCCGCCUACUACCAGAAGGUGAUGCACAUCCGGAAGCUGCUAGCUAAAAUGGACAGACCCAACGGGCUCUACCCAAACUACCUGAACCCUCGUACAGGACGCUGGGGACAACACCACACCUCAGUUGGAGGACUUGGGGACAGUUUUUACGAGUACCUGCUGAAGGCAUGGCUUAUGUCAGACAAGACCGAUACAGAAGCCCGCAAGACCUAUGAUGACGCCAUCGAGGCCAUCGAGCGCCACCUGAUACGCAAAUCCAACGGCGGCCUGACAUUCAUUGGUGAGUGGAAGAACGGCCACCUGGAGAGGAAGAUGGGCCACCUGGCCUGCUUCGCCGGCGGCAUGUUUGCGUUGGGCGCUGACGGCUCGCCCGACGACAAGGCCGGACACUACCUGCAGCUGGGAGCUGAGAUCGCACACACCUGCCACGAGUCCUACGACAGGACGGUGUUGAAGCUUGGCCCGGAGGCCUUUAAGUUCGACAGCGGCCUGGAGGCGGUGGCCGUACGGCAGAACGAAAAGUACUACAUCCUGCGGCCGGAGGUCAUCGAGACCUACUGGUACAUGUGGAGGUUCACCCACGAUCCCAAAUAUCGACAGUGGGGCUGGGAGGCAGCACAGGCCAUUGAUAAGUACUGCAGGGUGAGCGGAGGUUUCUCCGGGGUGAAGGAUGUCUACUCCUCCAACCCGACCUAUGACGAUGUGCAGCAAAGCUUCUUCCUGGCCGAGACGCUCAAGUAUCUGUACCUGUUGUUCUCCAGCGACGACCUGAUGCCGUUUGAGAGUUGGGUCUUCAACACAGAGGCUCACCCACUUCCUGUCCUCCACCUGGGCAACAUCACCCUGCCCGGCAGCGAGCCGGCUCAGCGGUAGACGGACAGGCCAUCUUCCUCCACCACAGCACCAGGGGGCGCCACUGUAUGCCCGCCUACCUGCCCAGAAUCCCACCCGCCAACACUGGACAAACUUACAUUCAACUCUACAGACUCUCAACUGCUUUCGGACUGCAGACAUCAACCAGAGGAGACGGAGGGAGAGCCUCGCACGCAGACCACUGCGGCGUGGAGAGGACUUUUGAGUCUCCCCUCGCUUCUUCUAUGUUUUACUCUUUGACACUCUCUGUCGAUCUCUCUGUCUUCUCUGCUUUAAUCAGAAAGACGGUGGGUGUUGCUGCUCAGCCUCACGACUGGCUGGAAUUGACUCUGAAGGACCGAGCUCCAAAUCUGGAGGCUUGACUUAGUUUUUUUGUUAUUUCUUUUAGUGUUGAUUUGAGAUUUGACCAAACUUUUCUCUCUACAGACUCAAGGCACUGAGAGUGCAGUAUGGGGUUUUUGUUGAAGGAUUACGCUGUCGGUUUGACACUGUACUGAUGGAGGUGUCGUUUUUUUUUUUCCAGGCAGACAGACGAGGACUUUACAGGGUCUGUUGAUAAGGUGUGUUUUUUUUCCCAGUUUGAACAAAUCUUUAAUGGGGACACAGGGUUGAAUCAAAGCCCAUUCGCUUCUCCCUGAACCCAACUCCUGCCCAUUCCACUUCCUGUUUACUUUUCAUCGGAUGAACUUUGACCUGGAAAUGUUAGCAGCUCGUCCCAUCAUCAGUGGGAGGGUAGGUUGUGGCAACAAUCCCCACCUCCUCCUCUUCCUCCUCCUCUUCUUAUCCUCCUUUUUCAGAAAAGUGGACCAUUGUAAGUGGAACGGUAACUACACGGUGACAGCAGCAGGCCUCCCCAUCUUCACCACUCUCCACUUCGACAUCUUUCCAGUUUCUCCUCCAGUUAGAGACGUCACCGAGCCACAACCCCAAACAUUCUGCUGCUACUCGUUUGGAUGCUGCUCUUCUUUUUUUCUUAAAUCUCUCCCCUCCACCUUUUUCUCUAUCAACUCUUCUGUCCUCUCUUCGGUUCUUUCAUUUCCUUUCAUAAAUCAUUUUCAGGUCAUACCUUGUGAAAUGAGGCUAGAACCCAACAAUGCUUGCGUGCUUGCGUGCGUGCGUGCGUGCUUGCGUGCGUUUGUUUAAAAUAACCUCUGCUGUAAAUCAUUUAUUUGUGCACUUUGUAUGGGAAGACUAUGAAGAAGAGGAAAAUAGAAGUGUAGCACUGAAAGAGCUGAAUAAAUGAAGUCUCUCUGCUGAGCUCCCCAUGCCACAUUUGCUCUGUUCAACCCCAUAUCACCAGUUGGACCACCUAACUGUAAGUUGUAUGAACUCAUGAUGUUGUUAAAAUUCUCCAUCUCCAUCAUCUUUACCACUUUUUCCUCAGUCCCUCUAAUAUUUUCUGGUUUUAUCUGUAUUUUGUCGUGUCUUCUCCUCUCUUCCAUUUUAACCUAUACCUCUCCCUGUCCACAAUUUAAAAAAAACAAAAAAAAACUCUGAGGCUCAGGGUUCCCUCAUCAGUCGGAAACGUCUGGCAAGUAUGAAACCUUAAUUUCAUGAUGUCCAGGUUUUGGAUAAUCUCAAAAUCACAAAAUUAUUUUGGAUAAAAAAUGUGGAAAAAUGUCCAAAAAAUGUGGAAAUAUUACACAUAUAUACAGAACAUUCAUUCACCUGUGAACUGUACACUAUAUAGCUGUGUUAAUUGUUUUGGUGAACAAUGACUUAAUAGCUACUGUACAGAUUGAUUUGACUCUGUUCGUCAUAUUGUCCAACUGCUAAAUGCCGACAUCAUAUCAUCAAACAAACGUCAAAACCUUAAAAUCUGUGAAGAAACUGAGGUCUGGGAAAAGUCUGAAAUUAAAAAAAAAAAAAAAACGAGCUAAAUCAAGUACAUUUUUGGCUAAUUUGUUGCUGCAGAAGACAAAAGCAUCUCAUUCCUGUUAACGUAGAUCCUGAAACUUAGCCACUCAAACAUAAACCUCAGCACAUUAAACAUUUCAAACCCUAGAAUGUUAAUUUCGACCUGCUCCUAUAUCUGCUUGAUUU